UGUCCGGGGCUAUAGCCAGGUAUGGCCAUAUAGAUGCUAAUACCUUUUGGCUUCAACCAUCUUGUCGUGGCUGUCGACAAAGCCACCAACCAGAGACUAAUGUCUCUGGCUCAAAGACACACAAAAGCCAGGAACCAUGUCUGAUGGCUCCUCAACAUAGACAAUAGGCCAGGAGCCAAGCUCGAUGGCUCUGGCCUGGUGUUAUGCAAACUAACUUGUGAAGGCUUAGUUGAGAUGUGGUCUCUUAUGCUACAUUGUAGUCUUAUAUAUGUAAAUCACCUAAUUCUAACAGUAGCCUGAAUAAACCAAAGUGCUGGGAUGUCUUUCCCUCAACCAUGCGCUGAGAUUUAUGGAUUUAGUCGGCUGAUUUUGGGUCAGUUUGGUUCAGUUGGUUCCAAGACCGGGUUGUGGAAUUGGAGGACGCUAGGUUCACGGAGAGCCCCUGCAGCUUAAACACAUCUGACCCCAGUUCUAGUGCUCAAUACUCAGGCAGUCAGCUAAGGGUUACUAACUAGUUGUUUGUUUACUGGACUGCUCUGUGAAAUUGCACACUUCUGUAUUCUGCAAAUUCGCAACCUUUGAACGUCACAAGAUGGUUGGUAGAUAAUAAAACAAAGCCCAGCCCUAGACUUUGCCCUCUGUGUGUCGUGCUGCGAACAGUGUUUACUGUUUAAACUGAGGCGGCGCGAAGUGUAGGGCUGGUCUUUAAAAAGUGAAUGGCUUUCCUGCACGUCCCCGUGAGAUUUGUCACAGCUGGACGCUCUGGGUCCAGGGCCUCCUCCAGGCGUUCUUCAGCUGCGGGACACAGUAAGGGCCAUAAGCCACCACCCACCAGCCAGUUGCCGGCAGAGGGGAACAGCAGGAAUAGCAGCAGGGCUUCCUCUCAAUGCAGGAAUGACCAGAUACUAACGCCUCGCCACAGUCUGAGUGAUCCCUCUCUCAUCUGUCUGUGUGGGAGUGGGGCCAUUACCGACCACAAGGAGGCAGAAACAGGCUUUGUUCCAAGCGUUCAGGACUUUGACAAGAAGCUCGCCGAGGCUGAUGCCUAUCUUCAGAUUCUCAUUGAUCAGCUCAAGCUCUUUGAUGAAAAAAUAAAGGACUGCAAAGAAGAUGAGUCACGCAGGAAAAUUGAGAACCUGAAGGAUACAACUUGUAGUAUGGUAGAGUCCAUUAAACACUGCAUUGUACUACUUCAAAUUGCCAAGGAUCGAAGUAAUGAUCAGCAGCACGCAAACGGACUGAUAGCUUCCUUACAGAGCACCAUCAACCCAGUGGAUGGGAUUUACCAGCCCGACCCUCUCGACUCAGCCGUUGUCAACACCAUGCCAACACAGACCACCCUCCCCACAGAUGGAUGUAAAUCGGAGCAGAGGCCAUCCUCUCUGGCAGUGGGUCCCGUAGCCACGGUGAUGGGCAGCCUUCAGACGCCCACCCCCAACAGCACGGGGAGCGUCCCCUCAGGGCCCAGCAGCAGCGUGGCGUCGCCGACCCAUAUGAACCUGCCCACUCACAGCGUGCCCGACUUCUCCUACUCCAGCAGCGAGGGCGAGGACGAGUUCUACGACGCCGACGAGUUCUACCAGACCAGCACCUCCCCCAAGCACUGCAUUGAGGCGUCUGCCGUCAUGCCCAGUGGAGAUGGUCUGAAGCGGCCAGACACCAACGAGUCCCUCAACUCCUCCAUGUCCAAUGGCACUACAGACGCAGACCAGUUUGACAGCCAUGACGAGCGUGACGAUGACGGCGAGGGCGAGUCCGUGGAAGAGCACAAGAGCGUCAUCAUGCACCUCCUCUCACAAGUACGCCUGGGCAUGGACCUCACCAAGGUGGUGCUGCCCACGUUCAUCCUGGAGAGGAGGUCGCUGCUGGAGAUGUACGCCGACUUCUUUGCUCAUCCUGAUCUGUUUGUCAGCAUUGCAGAGCAAGUAGACCCCAGGGACCGCAUGGUGUAUGUGGUGAAGUGGUACCUGUCGGCGUUCCACGCCGGCCGCAAGGGAUCCGUGGCCAAGAAGCCCUACAACCCCAUCCUGGGAGAAGUGUUCUUCUGCCACUGGGACCUGCCCUCUGAAACGACUGACCCUGCUGCUUCAGUAAGUCCCUCCGUCUCCUUCCAGGAACCUGUGUCUGAGGGUCCAGUGCCGGGGUGUGGUAGUAACAGCGUGCAAUUUGUGGCAGAGCAGGUCUCUCACCAUCCCCCCAUAUCUGCGUUCUACGCAGAGUGCCUCAGCAAGAAAAUCCAGUUCAACGCCCACAUCUGGACCAAAUCCAAGUUCCUGGGGAUGUCCAUUGGGGUCCACAACAUCGGCCAAGGCUGUGUGUCCUGUCUGGAGCAUGAUGAACACUACAUCCUCACCUUCCCUAACGGAUAUGGCAGGUCUAUCCUGACCGUGCCAUGGGUGGAGCUGGGCGGGGAGUGCAACAUCUCCUGCUCAAAGUCGGGCUACAGCGCCACCAUCAUGUUCCACACCAAGCCCUUCUACGGCGGAAAGAAGCACCGCAUUACAGCAGAGAUUUUCCCCCCUAAUGACAAGAAAUCCUUCUGCUCCAUCGAGGGGGAGUGGAAUGGGGUGAUGUACGCAAAAUGGGCUUCAGGGGAGAACUCUAUAUUCAUCGACACAAAGAGAUUGGGCCUUAUUAAGAAGAAGGUGAGGAAGUUGGAGGACCAGCUGGACUAUGAGUCUCGAUGCCUGUGGAGAGAUGUGACCUUGAAUCUGAAGCUCAGGGACAUCGACGCGGCAACAGAAGCCAAGCAUCGGCUUGAGGAGAAGCAGCGGGCAGAGGCCAGAGAGAGGAAAGAGAAUGAAAUGCAAUGGGAGACAAGGCUGUUUCAUGAGGACGGCGAGUGCUGGGUAUAUGACGAGCCCCUUCUGAAGAGGAUGGCGUCACGGCAUUGAAGUCAACCCUCCUCUCUCCCAACCUCCACCCCUCUCCGAGACACCCCACCAACACACUCGAGUCUUAAUAAGAACUCUAUUCCCCUUUUCCCGACCACUUCUCAUCUGAGCUUUGGAAUGAACGACUGGCCUUUUGACGUGUGUACACACACACACACACACACACACACACACACACACACACACACACACACACACACACACACCGCAGCUUAGCAUUUUUUAAGUUAGAAGAAAAAAAACAACAACCUGGAAUGAUCUAACAAAUGAAAACAAAAUAGCGAUAUAAGAAACAUGGAAGAUGAAAUAAAAUAAAAAAGAUGUGCAACUCAAGUUCUUGCCAAAAACCCCCCCACUUGCUUUCCACCUCCCCUUUAAGAAUAAACCCUUGAAUGAUUUGAUAGAGUAAUAAAAUAAACUGAAGACUUUUGAGACACGAAACUGAAUCAAGGCCCUUAAGCAACACAAACAACAGUCGCAGUCUCACAGGUGAAGGAGAACCCCACCCUCCUCUUAGGUUCCCUCUGUUCCAUGAGGAGGGUGGAGGGGAAGCAGAGUAAGUGGGGUUUGAGUCGAACAAACCUUGAAAACAACAGAGUUCUGCAUCUCAGGGAAACUGGUUACUGAGGAUCGAAGGCUGUCUCUCCUGGAAUAAUUGAAGGCCUUAUAACGGUGGACCCUGGCGAAGAGGGGGAGAACUUGACUUGCCUACAGCUAUCUGCAACUAUUUAUAUAUAUAUAUAUUUAGAAACAUAUGAAAUAUAUUCUUUUUUUUAUUAUUAUUUCCUUUUUAUUUUUUUGGGGUCUUUCUUGCAGGCAAUAUAGUAUGUUUUGAAAACAUGAACUUGAAAACUACACAUCAGAAACCAUUCCAUUCACUCCAAACAUUUUUUUUUCCCAUUUUGGAGGAAAACAAUCAAUAUUUCUCUGCUCCUGGUUCCUUUCUGUUAGACCCUGUGUCCAUGUAAAUAUUACAUGAUGAAGGUCUGAAGAGCAGCCCUGAAAAACAUGGCUGCUUCUGCAAGAGGGACAGAAAAGGGGACCUACCUUGUCAUAUUGAUACAAACCAUGCUAGCUUUCAUGAACAAAUUGAGUGUUUUUUUGUUUGUCGGUUUGUUUUUCUUGCAUUUUUUCUUUCCAUCAUUUGAUUGGAUAACAUCCUUCACUGCCUCAGUGAGGCAGACUUUUAUAGAAUGCUGCUUGAGUGUCCAAAUUCAAUCAGUAGUACCUGUGGCAGUGUAGUUUACGGUAAGAAUAAUAUUGUCCAAUACAUCAUGAUCUAGUGUUCACCAUAUAUUCGGAUUAUACAUAAUCCUGCAAGGCUACACCAGAAUAUGAAAAACACUUCUGUGAGAUGUCAAAAUUUUAGUCUAAAUAAACACAAGGUUUACAAAUCAGUGCAUUACACUGCUGUGAUGAUGUUUAAUGAGAAGCCUUUAAAUAUGAGUUAAUGUAAGAUAUAACAUCUUGAGGAAUCAUCUGCUUCUGGAAUGGGUCAUUUCAUCAGAAGUAUUUAUAUAGGCAACUACGUGAUGCAGUCGUUCUGUUAAUAAUUGGAAUUGGAUCCACUGAUAGAAACUGCUGGGUUUUAUCUCACUUCUGCAGCACACAUACACAAAUAUCAACAUGAGUUUGUGCAGAGGAGAAGAUGGACUUGACAUUUUGGAUUAUGUGCGAUGAACAGAGGGAGAAGUCUUCUAUUCUGAUGGAAUUUGCUCAAAAAAGCCAUUUCUCUUUCAUUCAUGUCGUCUUGUAGAUGAAAACGAGGCCUUGCCAUAUGCAUUUCACUUUCACCCACUAUCGCUUGGGAGAGAGCAAUCCAAACAAAUUUGUAUUCCUCCCUAGAUCAUAAACAUUGAUUGUACCAUUUUUUCUCUCAUUUAUUGAUGCAUAAUAUUAAAGCUCAAUGAGUUGACUA